GCAUAGGCAAUGUGGGUCUAUACCUAUUUAACGUCUUUGGGUCGCUCUACAGUGUCAAGUGACUAGGCUAGUAAACAUUAAACAAGGCUAGUAAACAACAUAAAAACAAAACAUGGCUGCCGGUCCGAUUGCGGAGCGUAAUCAAGAUGCCACCAUAUAUGUGGGUGGUCUUGACGACAAAGUGUCAGAAAUGCUUAUGUGGGAGUUGUUCGUACAGGCUGGACCUGUUGUUAAUGUUCACAUGCCGAAAGAUAGAGUAACACAAAUGCACCAAGGGUAUGGUUUCGUGGAAUUCCUUGGUGAGGAUGAUGCUGACUAUGCCAUCAAGAUAAUGAACAUGAUCAAGCUCUAUGGAAAACCAAUAAGGGUUAACAAGGCUUCAGCACAUCAAAAGAAUUUGGACGUUGGAGCUAAUAUAUUUAUUGGCAACCUCGACCCAGAAGUGGAUGAGAAACUUCUCUACGAUACGUUUUCGGCAUUCGGUGUUAUUCUACAAACACCAAAGAUAAUCCGUGAUCCUGAGACAGGCAACUCAAAAGGUUUCUCGUUCAUCAAUUAUGCCAGUUUCGACGCUUCCGACGCAGCCAUCGAAGCCAUGAAUGGCCAAUAUCUGUGCAACAGGGCUGUGUCAGUGUCCUACGCCUACAAGAAGGAUGCCAAAGGUGGCAGGCAUGGCUCAGCGGCCGAGAGGUUGCUAGCUGCUCAGAAUCCUCUAUCACAAGCUGAUAGACCGCACCAGCUGUUUGCAGAUGCUCCACCGCCCCAGCUGCCUCUACCGCCUCCUCCGCCUCCUGUGGGCAUGCCACCUCCACCCCUGCCACUGCCCCCUCCCCCACCACCGCCCCCGCCACCCGUUGUGCCACCACCACCGCCUCCAACUAUGUCAAUGCCGCCUCCGCCCUUGCCGCCCCCACCUGGAAUGAUGGGUCACGGGCCUCAAGGAGUGAUGCCUCCCAAUCCACCCUUGCCGCCGAUGCCCCCAAAUGUCAACCCUGGAAUGGCGCCCCCACGACCACCCAUGGGGCCCCCCAUGGGGCCAGGACCCAUGCCUCAAAUGCCCCCUCCACCUAUGCUCAACCAACAGGGCCCACCGCCUCCACGAAUGAUGCCGCCCCCACCCUGGCAACAGGGAGGCCCCCCUCCACCACCACCGCCCCCAGGCCACCAGCAACAGUACAUGCCACCACCGCCACACAUGAUGCCUCCACAUGGGCCUUAUCCGCCCCCACCAGGUAUGAGACCACCACCUGGUUGGAGAGGACCCCCGCCGGGCAUGCGAGGUGGGCCACCCCCUCCCCCCUAUGGGGCACCCAGACCCCCUCCACCACAACAGCAGCACAACAAUUACGACGACAAUUAUUAGCAACUCAACAACCACAGAGCGCCUUUUGGUCAUUUUUAGAAACACUUAUUCAAACUUAUUUUUAAAACAGAUAUUUUUAAACAGCUAUAGGUUUAAAGCCUAUUCAUUAAGUUUUUGUCACUGUAAUGUCGACUUGCAGUUUACUUUCAUGUGAAAAAAUGAAAUAUUCAUUUUUAUAAAAUAUAUCUAACCAUACUGAUUAUUUUGUAUAAUCAGUGUUUCAUCGCAUACAA